UUUCAAUAGUUGUAAUACACUUCGAAGCAGUCACGGAAUAUAAAAUAAAUACCUUAAAAGCAGAAUGCCUCGACUGAGCUUCAAUAACGCCAUAUAUCAGAUAAACUUAAAAAAAGAGCACCUGUGGGAGCGAAGCUACCUUUUGGUAAAAUGUGCGGAGCUGCAUUUGGAGGAGGAAUACCGUCUGUAUCAGGUACGACUAUGGAAUAGUUUUUUAGGCGUGUUCUGCCUUCUGCAUACCCUCAUUACCAUCUUGCACUGCACAAUGCUGCUCUUAACUUGCCCGCAUACCCACUUAAUAUUAAUUGAUGUGGGUAUAUAUUUCUUUUCUUCAUGUUUUGUUUUAACUAUUUUGAGCGUGAAUUUCUGUGAGAAGUUUGCUAUGCGACACUCGUGGAUUACUUAUGUGAGCUCCGUGAUUGCAGCAUUCGUAUUGGUAGCUUCUGAUAUCUUUCAGGGCACAUAUCAUUACCACGUACACGAUUGGGCAUUGGAAACAUUUUACGACACUUAUAUUAUUUUUUUGAUAUACAUGUUCAUGCCGAUACCCGUUAUGUCGGGUGCCCUGCUGCUGGGAGUCACAGUGUCCGUUGUGUAUAUAACCUACUUUGCAGUCUAUAUUGCCACGGUGUACUAUUUCGACAUUAGCCGACCCAAAAACUAUGGCAGGUUUUCUGUAGAUGUAUUCGACCACGUGUGCUUCAACCUUCUUGGUAUGUUCUUUCGCAUAAUGAAUGAUAUUGUUGUGCGCUCGUCCUUCCUGGACCGGCAUCAGUAUAUAAUGGAGAAGAUCUGGCUGCGCAAUGCGCGUCGUCAGGAAAAGUUGGUGCUCCAUAGUAUUAUCCCGCCACAGAUAGCAAAGCCAAUUCAAGACGAUAUACAAAAUAGACUUGCCAGAAAAGAACGCGAACUCGCUGCGAUUCGCUCCCCUAGAGUCAUGGAGAAUAUCAUGGCCAUUCAGAUCCAUCCCGAAGUCAGUAUCUUGUAUGCGGAUGUGGUUAACUAUACACAAUUGACGACGACACUUGAUGUGGAGAGGCUUGUGAGGCUGCUGCACGAACUAUUCGGAAGGUUCGAUUUGGCAGCCACACACUUUAAUGUUCAGCGAAUCAAGUUCUUAGGGGACUGCUACUACUGUGUGGCUGGUCUAAUGCGCCCGGAUCCCGACCAUGCCAAGUGCUGUGUGGAUCUAGGUCUGUCCAUGAUCUCACACAUUCAACAAGUGCGAAGGGAACAUGACGUGGACAUCGAUAUGCGCAUUGGAGUUCAUUCUGGAAGUGUGAUUGCAGGAGUCAUCGGCGAAGCUAAGCUACAGUUCGAUGUUUGGGGAAUCGACGUAACCAUUGCCAAUCGUUUAGAAUCCACUGGCUCUGCGGGAUAUGUCCAUAUUAGUGCCAGUACUUUGAACGAACUAAAUCCUAGCGAAUAUACGAUAAUUCCUGGCACCGAUUCAGCUUUGGAGGAUCCCGUUCUUACCAAAAAUAAUAUCAGCACUUUCCUACUUUCUACUGAAUUUUCUCCUUAUUCUUCCAAACGUUCCACAGAGAACUUUGAUUUACGAACUAACAUGGCUAUGCGUGGUAGACCAGAUUUAUACAGUACUAAAGACGAUGUGAUUAACGAAGAGUUGCGUCAAGAAUUUCGAAUGAUGCCAGUCAGUAGUUUCAAACCUGGAAAAAUCUUCUCCUGGAGAAUACGAGACCAGUCUAAUGACCUUCUGUAUUCCGAGGUCACCAAAUUCUGUCUGGUCUUUCGGGACUCCCAACUUGAGUGCAAGUACUUGCAUUCGCCAGACUACAUGUUCAAGUACAGCAUGUUGCUUGCUUGGAGCAUUGGAUGCAGCCUGGCCUACAUUCAGCUGAUGACUGUUAACCCGGACCUACUCCUUAUCGCCAUAGUGUUGGAUGUAGUUGUAUUAACUUGUCUGACCAUCUUGCUUUUCAUAGCUUGGUACAGCAAAAUAUGCUGGGUUAGGUAUGGCACAAAUGAGGACAAUGAGCAUAGAUUCAGCAAACUAAGUUGCUGGAUAUUUCACACCUGUGGGAAGAUCCAAAGGAGCUUCAGCCUCCGCAUUUUCAUAUAUCUGUUUAUCAUUUGUGCGUAUAAUUCCGUGGUCAGCAUCAUACUGAUGGGAUGUAAUCGCAAUGAGUUCGAAAUUAUGCACAUCGAGAGUAAACUAUAUCAUUAUGAUGUUGAUACUGAUAUGUGUUUUCAUCCCUGGGUAAUUACAAAUGUGGUGGCUCUUAUUAUUGCAAUGAGCUUUGCGUUCACUAGUAUUCCGUUCAUCUUGAAAAUAAUUGUCUGUUUGUUGAUGACGAUGAUCCAUCUAGUGAUUAUAUUUUUCCAGUUCGAGUUUAUUUUCCAUCACAGUGCUACCACAAGUCCCUUUUUUCCGGCAGAAUAUGCGCAUAGUUUGCUUUUAGUCAUUACUUUUGUUACCUUGUAUUUGAAGGAGCGACACGCGGAGUUCACAAACAAAGUCAACUUCAAUUGGCGCAUGGAGUUGAGAAAAAAGCAACGUGAUGCCGACAUAACUAAUAACACGAUUACAAUUCUCCUGAAUAACAUACUUCCUGUUCAUGUUGGUGAGUUUUUGGAUCAGGCAACAAAACAUGUAACAAAAUCCUCUGUACACGCCUCUCUUCCUCAGUUAACGUUUACUUUACAUCUCUCGGUAACCAUGAGCUCUACUAUGAGGAAUAUAAACUAGUA